AUGGCGGCCGCCCUUCCCCAGCCGCCGCGCCAGUCGCUGGUCUAUGCCCCCCUCCUCCUGCCGUUCGCCUACACCAGCCUGGUCUGCAGCUACGGCUCCGCCUUGGCCGACAUGGAUGAGCUUUCUCUCCAACGGAUCCACACUGGCCGGACGGCUUUGGAGGGAUACGACAGAGGCUCCCGGAGUGGAUGCCGGAUGCCCCUCCCCACCUUGACUGCGACCCGUGGACGCAUCGGCGUGAGCCCGGCCGCCGGCAUGUCGUUCGCCAUGUUUCCACAGCCAACGCCGCCGCGUUUCACCACCAUGUUUCCCGUGCAGGUGCAGCCCCCGCCGUUUGCCUACCACGCGUUUCCCCUGCCGCCGGUACAGCCGCAGCUGCCGGUCCUCGUGCGCCCUGUAUGGGCGUGGAACUUCGCCGAUGAGUGGGCCUACCUCGAGAACUUCGCCGCGGGCGCACGCUACGUUGCCUUCGACGUGCACUACCCUGGAGUUGUACACGCCGCCGGCCAGGAUCAUAAGAGUAUGACGGUGGAGGAGCGCUACGCGCUCAUGAAGGCCAACGUGGACGAGCUGAAGCCGCUCCAGGUCGGCGUCGCCGUCUGUGACCAUCAAGGGCAGCAGCUCGCGUGGGAGUUCAAUCUCCGCGACUUCUGCCGCCAGGCCGACCCGCACGAGGAGAAGGCGCUCGAGUACCUUGCUCGACGCGGCCUGUACGUCGACACGCUCCGUAAUCACGGCGUGGACGCAUACAUUCUUGGCGCGCUGCUGUUGGGCUCCGGCCUCGUCGGCGCCGGACACGGGCGGCCGUCGUGGAUCACCUACGACGGUGCCUACCACAUAGCCUACCUGCUCAAGGUAAUCACCAACGGCGCCCAGCUGCCGCACAACGUGGCCGGGUUUGUCGCCGCCAUGCAUUGUUACCUCGGCCAGAAGGUCUACGAUGUAGCGACGAUGGCGGUCGACUGCCCAAGCAUGCCGGUGGGGUUGGACCGCAUCGCCGCGCACAUGGGCAUCCAUCCGCCGUGGGGGAGCCCUCGCCUCGCAGGCGCCGCCGGCGUGCGCGCGCUUCUGGCCUUCAGGAUAUUGAAGCACGGGGAGUUUGGCGGCAACGUGGAGAGGUUCCGAGGUCUGCUUCAGGGCCUGCACUACUAG